ACUCACAUUCAAAGGUUAUUUAACAUGGCGACUACUACUAUAGUACUAUGUGAUCCAUAUAAACCACACUAGCUAAAGGUCACAUUGAACACAUAUAUUCAUAAGUAUCACAAAAAAAUUCCAUUACACGUUUUAACUAAUUAUGGCACCAGCAGUAAAUACUCCCACAACAUCCCGCCAUGUGGCGGUAAUUGGUGCCGGAGCAGCCGGACUCGUGGCGGCUCGAGAGCUCCGCCGCAAGGGCCACUCCGUCGUCGUUUUCGAGCGUGGGAACCAAAUCGGAGGCGUAUGGGCUUACAUGCCUAACGUCGAAACCGACCCGCUAAGCAUCGAUCCGACCCGACCCAUAAUCCACUGGAGCCUUUACAGUUCUCUCCGAACCAUCAUCCCACGAGAAUGCAUGGGUUUCACCGACUUCCCGUUUUCAACCCGACCCGAAAACAUGUCUAGAGAUCCGAGAAGGCAUCCGGGUCACAGCGAGGUUCUUGCGUACUUGAAAGACUUUGCUAGGGAGUUCAAAAUCGAAGAGAUGAUUCGGUUCGAGACAGAGGUUGUGAGGGCUGGGCCGGUGGCGGAGAAUCAAAAGAAGUGGAGAGUCGAGUCUAAAAGCUCCGGUGGUAUUUCCGACGAGAUUUAUGACGCCGUCGUCGUUUGUAACGGUCACUAUACAGAGCCCCGUCAUGCUCUAAUACCUGGCAUAGAAUCAUGGCCUGGAAAGCAAAUUCACAGCCACAAUUAUCGAGUUCGAGAUCAAUUUAAAGAUCAGGUGGUGGUGGUGAUCGGAAGUUCAGUGAGCGGAGUUGAUAUAAGCCGAGACAUAGCAAAUGUUACAAAAGAAGUCCAUCUAUCUUCAAGAUCGACUAAACCGGAAACAUACGAAAAUGUUCCCGGAUACGACAAUUUAUGGCUUCACUCUACUAUUGAAACUGUCCGACAAGAUGGUUCGGUGGUAUUUCAUAAUGGAAAGACGGUUUACGCUGAUACUAUCAUGCAUUGCACUGGGUACAAAUAUCACUUCCCAUUUCUCGACACUAAAGGCGAAGUGACCGUUGAGGAUAACCGUGUUGGACCAUUAUACAAGCAUGUAUUCCCACCAGCUCUUUCUCCGGGACUUUCAUUCGUCGGAUUACCAUGGCCGGUCAUUCCUUUUCCAAUGUUUGAACUCCAAAGCAAGUGGGUAGCCAUGGUUUUGGCUGGUCAGGUUUCACUCCCCACACAAGAUGAGAUGAUGGAAGAUACUAAGAUGUUUUAUGCGAAGCUCGAAGCCUCAAAUAUUCCCAAAAGAUACACACAUCUUAUGGCAGAAUUAGAUUCCCAGUUACAGUUUGUAUACGAUAACUGGCUUGCUGACCAGUGUGAUUAUCCUCGGAUCGAAAAAUGGAGAGAGCAAAUGUUUUACAUCGUGUUCAAGAGAAUACAAGCCCAAUCCAAUACAUAUAAAGACGAUUGGGAUGAUGAUCACCUCAUCACAGAAGCAUAUGAAGAUUUCGUUAGAUUCACAUCUAAUAAUUUGAUAGUAUGAUGAGGAACCAUUUUGAGAAGGGAAAAAAAUAAACAAAGGAGUUUGCUUUUUACACUCAUCCGUUAUGACUUGAGAGAUUGUAACUUGUAAGGAAACAUUAGGUUGAAUCAAAUCACCUAUACAUCAUUUGUGAUGAUUUUAGUAGUCAAAGACCUAAGCAUUAUAAUGA